CACUCCCAUUGGAUGUUGGCUUAUCCAAUGAAAUAGAGUGUUGGUGACUUCCUCGCGGUCGUCGGUGUGUGUGGUUGUGAGUGCGUGCAAUCCAAUCAACAAAAUGCUUCGUCGAGAGACGAGACUGAGACGGGAGUACCUGUAUAGGAAGUCCCAAGAGGACAGGGUGCGGACGAUUGAGGAGAAGAAACAGAAGCUGAAAUCUGCUCUUGAUGACAAUCGUCUCAUCCCUACUGAGGUUCGCAGAGAAGCUGUACAGUUACAGAAAUUGCUGGAGUUUGAUGAUGAGGGAGCAGAAGGUGUCAGCUCUCACAUGGAUGAUGAGUAUAAAUGGGCUGGAGUGGAGGAUCCAAAGGUCAUGGUCACAACAUCAAGAGACCCCAGCUCUCGACUCAAGAUGUUUGUCAAGGAGGUGAAGCUGAUCUUCCCUGGGGCUCAGCGUAUGAACAGGGGAGGUCAUGAAAUUAAAGCUCUGGUACAAGCCUGUAAAGCGAACAAUGUUACAGACCUGGUCAUCGUUCACGAGACUAGAGGACAGCCAGAUGGGCUGGUGGUGUGCCACCUACCUUUUGGACCAACUGCGUACUUCACUCUUUACAAUGUGGUAAUGAGACAUGAUGUGCCGGACAUUGGAACCAUGUCUGAAGCCUACCCCCACCUCAUCUUUCACAACUUCUCCUCACGACUUGGCCAGAGGGUUUCCAAUAUCCUCAAGUAUUUGUUCCCGGUGCCUAAAGAGGACAGUAGACGAGUUAUCACAUUUGCCAACCAGGAGGAUUUUAUAUCUUUCAGACAUCACACUUACAAGAAAACGGACCACAGGAACGUUGAGUUGUCAGAAGUUGGGCCCAGAUUUGAAAUCAAAUUGUACAUGAUCAAGCUUGGUACCCUGGAAAAUGAGGCUACAGCGGACGUUGAAUGGCGCCACCACUCAUAUACACACACUGCCAAAAAGAGGAAGUUUCUCAGCAUGGAGUAACAUUAGCCAUAUCUCAGUGUGCCCCUCAUUGACAGGGCAUGGCCAAAGCAGCCUAACCACACAGUAGUCUAGUGUUGUGUUUUCAGUUUUACACACCAUACCUCAGAUUUGUUUUUCAUGGAAAUAUGGCAUCAGACAUUGAAUCAUUUCAUUGAAACAGGCUCUACCAGAGAAGUUAUGUAUACUACGAUUGGCCUAACUCCAAAUUUGACUAUUUUCCAUUAAAUUAACAGAACUAAAGAAAAAAAAUAUGAUUCAAAACAAGGCUAUUGUUGGCUUUGCUGUAUGUCAGAUGUUUUAGUUAUUUACUUAUUUUCCAGGGGGCUACAAAAACACUUUUUUCCAGAUGGCUAGAAUAUACAUUUUUCCUUUAUCAGCCUCACAAUAUUAUAGACGUAUAAUUUUGAUAUACGUAUAACUCAGAUACAUUUGCACUGUAUCUGAGGUAGUGACUCGCCCAGAGAUGAACAAUAUGUAAAAAAUAAAAACAGUUCCUGGUUUUAA